CCAGCCCCGCGUCCUCGCGUGGGCGCGCGGGCCGCAUCCCCUCGCACGGCCCAGCUCGGCGGGCAGCCCAGCCCAGCCGGCCAGGCUGGCCGAGGACGAGGCCAUCGUUCUGAGCAGCAGCGGCGGCCGCUUUCCUCAACACACACACACCAUUAUUUUCCUCUCCCUCCUCCUGACCACCCACCCACCUACCAGCCACCAAGGCGGCCGAUCUCCCCUCACCGCCACCGCUACCGCCGACGCCGCAGCUCCGGCAGCCGUUCGUCUCGAGGUACGGACGAGCUUCCCCUCCCCUUCCCUUCCCUUCCCCCGGCGAUCCUCCCAGCCAAAUCCCUCCCGCUAGGGGACCUCGCACGCCGCUCUAGAUCUAGAUCCGCCCCGUCGUGCCCGCAGGCGUUCGAUCCCUCCCUCCCUCGCUCGCCCGCCCGCGCAGCCAGGCAGCGGAUCCGGCGAGGCGAGGCCCAAGUAGAUCGAUACCUCCGCCUCGCCAUGAAGGGCCCUUCCGGUUCCUCGGGCGGCCGCGAUCCGUGGGCGCCUCCUCCCGGUUCGGGUGGUGGUGGCGGCGGCGGAUCCAGCCAGCCGGCCAAGAAGCAGCAGCGGACGGCGAGCUCGGGCCAGGCCGACGAGGCCUCCACCUCCUCCUCCUCCUCACAGCCCCCGCCACAGCAGCAGCAGCCUGCGCCGGAUGGGGGAGAUGUGCCGUACCUUGGGGAGGACCUGAUGUUCGAGGUGCUGCGGCGGGCGGAGGCGCGGACGCUGGCCUCGGCGGCGUGCGUCAGCCGGGGCUGGCGGGCCCUCGCGCAGGACGAGCGGCUCUGGGAGGCGGCGUGCGUGCGCGAGUGGGCCGACCUUGGCUUCUCCGAGCAGCAGCUCCGCGCUGUCGUGCUCUCGCUCGGCGGCUUUCGCCGCCUGCACGCCAUCUCCAUCCGGCCCAUCCAGCGGCGCCGUGCCGGUGUUCCUGCUGCGCCUGCUCAGGGAAGGGGAAGGCGGCAGCAGCCUCCUGCCAGGCUGGGCCGGGACCAGGUCCAGCUGUCGCUGUCGCUCUUCUCCAUCGGCUUCUUUCAGAACAUGCCUAAUCAGCCCCCUCCUAAGAAGAAAGAUGAGGGUGAUGGCAGCGAUAAGGGAGGAGGUGGGCGGUGCAGGAACUAAAAACAGCUGCAUGGCGGGGGUCCAGGAACGGCAAUACGAAGAGUUCUUUGGUGGGUUUUACUUCGAUGAAGAUGCGUUAAG